UUCUUCUUCAUUACUCUCUAUUACUUUAUAAUGAACUUCAUCAAAAUCUGGAGUGGCUCACCUUUUCUUAGGGAAAGAUAAUUAACAUGGAGAACCAAAUAACUAAUGUGAAUGAGUAUGAGGCAAUUGCAAAGCAAAAAUUGCCAAAGAUGGUUUAUGACUUCUAUGCUUCUGGUGCAGAGGACCAGUGGACUCUGAAGGAGAACCGAGACGCAUUCUCAAGGAUUCUGUUCCGACCGCGCAUUCUUAUAGAUGUAAGCAAGGUAGAUAUGACAACAAGAAUUUUAGGCUUCAAGAUUUCAAUGCCAAUCAUGAUUGCUCCCACAGGCAUGCAAAAGUUGGCACAUCCUCAGGGAGAAUGUGCAAUAGCUAGAGCAGCAUCAGCUGCUAACACUAUUAUGACACUAUCAACAAUGUCUAAUUAUAGUUUUGAGGAGGUUGCUUCAACAGGACCCGGCAUUCGUUUCUUCCAACUCUAUAUGUUUAAGGACAGGAAUUUGGUUACACAACUUGUGAGAAGAGCUGAAAGGGCAGGUUUCAAGGCAGUUGUGCUCACUGCGGAUCGUCCGUUUAUCGGUCGUAGGGAGGCUGACAUCAAAAACGGAUUCAGAUUGCCACCAAACAUGACACUAAAGAAUUUUGAGGGAUUGGAUUUUGGGGAGAAAAAUAAGGCUGGUAGCUCAGUUUCUCAAACUCGUCGCCAUAUUGAUCCAUCUCUUAAUUGGAAGGAUGUGAAGUGGCUUCAAACGAUUACUUCAUUGCCAAUUGUAGUGAAGGGUGUACUAACUGCUGAAGAUGCAAGGAUAGCCGUACAAGCUGGAGUUGCUGGAAUCAUUGUUUCUAAUCAUGGUGCUCGCCAACUUGACUAUGUUCCUGCACCAAUCAUGGUUUUGGAAGAGAUAGUGAAAGCUGUAGAAGGAAGAAUUGGUGUAUUUGUGGAUGGUGGAAUCAGCAGAGGGACAGAUGUUUACAAAGCAUUGGCUCUUGGAGCAUCUUCUGUAUUUAUAGGAAGAGCAGUGGUGUUCUCAUUAGCUGCAGAGGGUGAAGGUGGUGUGAGGAAAGUACUGAAGAUGCUUAGAGAUGAGCUUCAACUAACAAUGGCACUAUGUGGCUCUCCUUCACUCAAACAUAUAAGUCGUCACCACAUUUUCACUCGAUUUCCUUCCAACUUAUAAAUUUCAUUUUUGUAUAUCUUAAGCUACCAACUUCAAACCUUGAACUUGUAAUGGAUGAGAGUGCACACAUGUUGCUGUUAUUUCUCAUUCUUUUUAAGAUGUGUAGUGAGUGAAAUUGCAGGAGAAUGUGCAACAGCUAGAGCUGCUACAAUUAUGGUUUCUUCACUAGUCACUGUCAGCAGAGUAAUUUUGAUAGCUGCCAUGAAGAAGAAGCAGCAGAAGAUAAGGAGGAGAAAGAGAAAGAGUUCUAAAUUAUGCAUAAGGUGUACUUCAACGAAUUUUGGGUGUAUUUCUUAAAUCCUUUGGGUGUAGUUUUGUAAUUCUUUAGGUGUAUUUUUGUAAUCCUUUGGGUGUAUUUCUAUAAUCGUUUAGGUGAAUUCCUGUAACCGUUUGGGUUAUUUCUGUAAUUAUUUGGGUGUAUUUCUGUAAUCGUUUUGAUGUAUUUCUGAAGUUCCAUUAUCUUCAAAUUUAGUAAGAAACUCGUUUUCAUGGACGAAGAAGAAGAGUCGGUCAUAAUGCAUGGUGA